UGGUAUUAACUCAUUGUGGAUAGAAAUGUGGAAAUUAGCGCCCGCUCUCUUAGAAGCGGCCGCAACCAGUCAUGGCACAACUCCUGUGUUUUAUGACAGUCGCCGCAAUCCAUAUCAAUUGCCACAAUUUCAUCAGUCAGUGCAUCACAGUAGUGUACAGACAUCACCCGGACAACUAUCAUCACCACUAACACAGUGUGUCUGGACAUUCUUCUGGUUAGCCGUCAUGUUGUUCAUAGCCCUACCAAUAGGUCUCAUCUCAUGCCAACUGUAUGUCUUGCUGUCGCCGUUCAGUGCAUUCAUGUCGUGCUUCUCGUUCGUGACUGAUUUGUUGCUAAAAGUGGCGCACAUGCCGUCCCGAUGUGCCCAACACAUGGUUCAGGCUAAGCCACUCUUCUCACUUUGA